AUGGCCUUGAGCCAGAGCGAUCUCGAUGACUUGGCGACCAUCGAUCUUACAGAUAGCUUCAUCGAGGCCAACCUCGGCACCAGGAGGCAGUUCGACGGAGACGCCUCGCGCACCGCCCUGCAGGAUGUGUGCGCCGCCUUUGUCCAGUCCUUCCUGAUCGAGAAGGGUGGGUGGGUAUCCUCGCUGCAUGUGUCGCUGAGGGAGUGUGUGACAGUGUUGGAGGAGAUGGAGACGGUGCUGGAGAAGUUCAUUGAGAAGCUAGAUAGAAUUCAGCACGACAUUGGAGAAGUGCGCGAGACGCUGGCGAAGACAUCCAUUGAGCUGAACAACGCGCGCGUGACGGAGCGGAUCCUCUGGACCACAAUCUCCCACCUCGUUGUACCACCGGAGCUUGUGCAGAUCGUGACGCAGUCGAAUGAUGGGGAGUUGGGGAUGCUUUUCCAGCUAACCCUGCGUGAGCUACUGAAGUACUUGAACUACCGAAAAGGUACGUGGCAGCAGCAGCAGCCAGCCCCUUCGGAGCCCCAAGGGUCCGCUGCGUCACCUAGCCCCCGUAACGGCACCGCCCCUCAGCGCACUGCUCGAGAGCUGCGCCUGCCCCUGACAGAGUUCACCAUCUACACGGAGCUGCUGAGUAUUCUCGACAGCCUGACUGUGUUUGCAUGCAUCAAGGUGCGUGACUUCCUCUCGCGCAAGCUGCAUGUGCUGACGGUACCAAACACAAAUGUGUGCAUUCAGCAGGAGAACAGUCUCAAGCAGCACGCCGUCUUUGUGCACUUCCUGCGCUCCGCCCCACCUCUGCUGCGGCACACCUAUGCCUGCGGCACGGAAGGGAGUCGGCAGCUAACGCUGGUCCCCUACCGCAUCACACGUGCAAUUUACAACGAGUUCAAGCAGCAGUACUGCUUCAUAAUGUCCUCUCUGUACCUCCGCAAAAUUCAGGGCUACAUCCUGACCCUGAACGCGAUGGAGUACAGCACCACGACAAGUGUCUCCUUCGGCUCCGUGAGCAGCAGCCUACUGAACAGCUUCACGAAGGUGCAGCCUGCUGCGCCAGAGGUUGUGUACACGCUGCCAUACGUUACCAGUGUGCAUCUCAAAGGAUUCCAUGCCGACGGCGAGGUGUUCCAGCUUGGCAAACGAGGCGAGAUCUUCGCCCGGACCUUCGCGCCGCCGCUGAUCCCGACCCUGGAGAAGGCAGCUGGUCACCGGCACUCUUACGAGGAGACGCUGCGCUCCGUGCUGCACCUCCUCAGUGACGCGGUUACGCACGAGUAUCUCUUCACGUUCGAGUUCUUUGCAGGCGACACGUCCGUCUACGUGGACGUGUUUCGGCCGACACUGCAGUUCAUCGUCGACUACGUCUCGGAAGCGGUGCUACUGCAGUCCUCGGGAGGUGUGCGGCAACUCCUGAACCAACACCCCCAUGCGAGCGUCAACCAGCACGCCAAGGAGGACAUCUACGGUUUGCUGAUGCUCAUUCGCCUCUGUCACGAGUACCGAUUUUACAUGAAGACAGUCCGAAAGCUCGCGUGCCUGGACACGUUCUUCGACUCGCUUCUGGUUCUUCUGUGGCCCAGCUUCAAGCGCACCUUUGACGCGCAGCUUGUCGCUCUCCGCUCUGCACAGAUCUCCGCGCUUGCGGCGGCCACAGCGCACCUGCACUCUGUCGCAGAGCGCAUUGCAACAGUACACCCACUUGUGCGCAACUACACCGCGCUGUCCUGCGCCUUGUUAGGCAUUGCUCUCGGAGCGGCGCUGGCCGAAGAGCGAAUGACGAUGGCACAGGGUGAAAAGGCGCACCCAGCGGAGCAGUCGAGCAGGUCGUCUUCUACGACGUCGUCCUCGUCUUCUGCAGGAUGCAUCGCGGACACCGGUGACGGUGUUGGUGGUGUCAGCGCGCGACUGGCAGCUCCGCCAAACUCACGUAGCCCGGCUGCCGAUUACCACAGAGUCGCGAGCCUCAGAGGCCCUGCCGCUUCGCUGGCCUGGGAGGAGCCAGAGCACGCGGAGUUGCGCAGGCGUGCGGUGGCGCUAAUGGAGGCGGAGGACGAGGCGGGCACAGCGGAAAGUCAGAACCGUUUCGUUGCGCUCGUAGGAAACAUCGACUUCCUGCGUGUUCAGGUGAUUCACUACGCCGAGGAAAUCGUCAAGCACAUCCUCACUCACGCUGGCUCGGCGGCCUUGUCGCAGCCCGCUGAGAGCGGCAUCGAUGCAGCGGUGAUGCGCGACGCAUAUGUAGUGAACCAACUGCAUUACAUGUGGGCUUCCGCGCAGUGCGCCGUCUUCCCUGGCGAGGAGCGCCGUGGCACCAGGCUAGCGGAGCGCUUCGACUUCACCCAGCUACGCAGCAUGUAUAACACAUAUCGUACGCGUUUGUUGGAGGAGCUGCUGGACAUGUACUUCUACGACUUCAUGAGCGUGGUGCGAAGAAGAGAGGGUCGC